AGCUCUCAUAAGAACUACGAAGAGGUGGCACUCAUCGGGUCCGGCGCUUACGGAACCGUAUAUAAGGCCCGCGACCUCAACAACGACGGCCAGUUGGUGGCCCUCAAGAAAGUGCGCGUCCCUCUCAACGAGGAUGGAGUUCCCAUCAGUCUUCUCAGGGAGAUCUCUGUACUGAAACAGUUGCAGAGCUUCGAGCACCCCAAUGUGGUCAGGCUUCUCGACAUAUGUCACGGCAAACGACUCGAACACGAGAGGCAACUCAUCCUCUUCCUGGUCUUCGAACACGUCGAGCAAGACUUAGCCACUUAUCUACUCAACUGUCCGCCGCCGGGCAUAGGACCCGAUCGGAUCAAAGUAGAACUUCUGUACCAAUUGCUCACUGGAGUGGACUUCUUGCACUCCAAUCGCAUCGUUCACAGAGACCUCAAACCGGCUAAUAUUCUCGUGACAAAUGAAGGACAACUCAAACUCGCAGACUUCGGGUUGGCCCGCAUUUACCAACAAACACAACCACUCACUGCCGUUGUGGUGACCCUCUGGUACAGAGCGCCCGAAGUGCUGCUUCAGUCCAGUUAUGCCAGUCCUGUGGACAUCUGGAGUGUCGGCUGUAUUUACGCCGAACUCUUCACUCGUUUGCCCUUAUUUUGUGGCCAAUCAGAGAACGACCAGUUGUGCAAAAUAUUCAAUAUAAUAGGCGCUCCCCUUGAGUGCGAGUGGCCAAAGGAACUGACACUGCCGUGGAGUACAUUCUCCAACUUCAAAAAGACUGACUUCGAGGAUAUUGUCAAAGAUAUUUGCGAAGACGGCAAGAAUUUAUUAGAGAAAAUGCUUCAGUUUGACGCCAACAAGCGAAUCGGUGCCCGACAGGCGCUUAUGCACCCGUACUUCAAAGAGUAUGAACUCUAUCCACCCAAAUAUGACAAUAACCUAAACAACAAAUUCAAUUCCGGUAAUAAUGACGACACUUCA